AUGCUUCGCAACGUCGCCGUUCCGUCCACUCUUGUGGCACUGCUCCUCGUCCAGCAAGCGAGCGCAGUUCCCGACUUCACCUUCUGCACCGAUGAGCAAUGCACCGACUGCCCCGUCAGCGUAGCAAGCGAAGGGACCGGGUAUCCCAACUGCGUGAUCUACAACUCUGAUGACAUUUUUACAAACCAAGGCUUCUCAGGAGCCUCAGGAGGUGGCACCAGCGCAUACCUCGACAUUCCAGACCCUGGCGAUGGUUGUUACAUCAUCAUUAAGACGCCAGCCGACACCACUAUGGCCGGAUGUGGUGUUCCAAUCGGGACUUACUCGCAGGCCACAUGCUCGCACGUGGCUCUGAAGGAGACUUUCAUGGUCCAAUUCUGCUGUGGAACAGGCGACUGCACGGCAGCUGGAGCGGAGAAGCGAUCGGCAAAGUUCCGGGCUUCUGAACUUCUCGACAACAAUGGCAUUGUCAGUCUUGGCGGUUUCAUCCAUCCUAACGGAACCGAGAUCCAGCCUGUUCAAGUGGGCACUCCACCUGGACAGCAGAACCCAAAACGGGCCGCAGCCAAGACCAAUGAGACACUUGCGAAGCUGAAACCGCGAGCUGCCGCCUGUACUGCCGGAAGCUGGGUCCCGGACGACAACGAAGUCGAGUACACACAGCCAGCAUCCAGCUCGGAAGUGGUCGCCGAUGGCGUGACAGGAGGCAGCUCUAUUGAAAUCACAACCAGUCGCGAAUCAUCCUGGUCCACCACGCUCUCAGCUGGGCUUAGUUUCGCCGACAUUGUCAACAUCGGCGUGUCCUUUACUCUAGAAGAGUCUAUCACAGACUCCAAGUCGUACACCUUCAAUGUCCCCGACGACGAGAACGGCGAUGUCGAUUGGACCGCGUUCCUAAUGUGUAGCACUGGUACCGGCCAGUGCAACGGCGGCUCAGUCCAUGGCCAGAUUUGCAGCCCAUACCGGUUUGAGUCGGGAGAGCUGGCUGGGAUGUAUUCCGUGAUUGCGACGUCCUAG